AUGGUGAUGCACUCAACCGGCUUGUCCACGUCUCAUAGGAUAGGAGCACCACUCAAAGGACAACAACGACACGGUAGCGCCAAGAGGACAGCGAUAAUGAGCACAAGCACUGAUCAGGCAGCAGCCUCGCUGCCCAAGAGCGUGCAGGCACCAUUGCUGGACGACGAAGGCGACCUUACGCCCAAGUUCGAGUCCGCUCUCAUCCGUAUCUUUGCCCGCUUCUCGACACCGUACAAAAAGAGCAAUCCAGAAGUCCAGGCGUUCGGCAGCAAGUCGAGCACUUCAAUACCUCGUCCGGACAGCUCUGACGUGUUGACCGAAGCAGAUCUGGACGCCUUCUCGACGGUGACGAACGGAUCUGCCUUACCUCAAGAGUCAAAGGACGAGAUCCGCGAGUUCCUCGAUACCGACAAGGAUGGCAAUCUGACGUUGCGCGGCUUUAUCGAGAUGUACCAUUUGCAGAGCGACAACGAGCCAGAAGAGACGUGGAAGGAUUUGAGCAAGCUUGGAUUCGGCGAUGAUCUGGAAUACGAGGGAGGAGAAAAGGAGUCAAAGGAGCACGAGGAGGCCAAAGAAUCGUCCACGACAGUGUCAACCGGAAGCAAAGACUGA